GAUGAGCUUCACCGACGCGUUCCGCGGCUUCUUCGGGUUCCCGGGACGCCGCAGACCCCGGGACCCGCUGUUCGGCGGCGCGGCGUGGGACGAGGAGGAGGAUGAGGAUGGCGGCCCGUCCAUGUCGCAGCCCCCCCAGGACUUCGGCUUCGGAUUCAGCCCUGGCUCGUCCCGCGGCCCCUUCGAGGAGCUAUUCCGGGACAUGAGCGAGCUCCUAGGCGCCUUGGGGGGGUUCUGGGCCGAGCCCCAGCAGCCUUUCGAGCCCGCCCUGCCCAGCCCCGGUGAGGGCAGCGCAAGGCGACCGCUGCGGGACUCGAUGCUGAAGCACCCGGAGAGUCCCUCUGCCAGCGCGGCCCCGGGGAGCUCCGGGGGCAGCGACAAUCUGGCUCGGCCGCAGAGACCCAUCUUAGGGCUGGAAGACCGAGUUCCUCCUGGCCUCAAGGAAGACCAAGACCUGGACUCCCAGGUUUCCUCUGUGGGGCUGGGGACCAUCCUGAGACCCAACGAGCCCAAGUCCCACUCUUACUUCCAGAGUGUCUCUGUCACCAAAGUGACUCUCCCUGAUGGGGCAGUAGAGGAGCGCCGCACUGUGCAGGACAGCCAGGGCCACCGGGAGACAACAGUGACGCGCUGGAGGGGGAACCAAGCCUUCAUCACCACCACCAAGGAGAACGGGGAGAAGAAGGACGAGGUGGCCAACGUGGAUGACCGAGAGCUGGCACAGUUCGUUGGCACGUGGCCGCAGCAAGAUGAGCUUCAUGGUGCCAACCUGAGUGACCCCUCAUCUGUGCUGGGCAGCUUCUUCCGACGCUGGUUCUCGAGCUAGUAGAUGUGUCCAGUCCUGACUGAGCAGCCCGUAUGUGUGACAGAUGUGUCAGAUCUUGCUGGGAAGUGGUGCCUGGGCUGGAGGCUGCCCACCUUCUGCAGUGCUGCAUAGCCACAGGGACGCCUGUGGAGGCCAAGUGCAUGUGUGUACUGAGCAAUAAAGUCUAUUUAUGCUAUACAGUGACCUUCCA